AUGCCUAUGACGCUCCGCAGAGGCCGUACCGCGGCCCCAAAAACGAUCAUCACCCCUGUCUCUCUCCUCGAUCGACUUCCUGCCGAAGUCCGCCUCAUGAUCUACCAUGCUCUUCUGCGACCGGACCUCGACUCCUACGCCGAUGGUGCCGCACAUCCAGACUGGAAGACCGCGGCUGGGUGCAUCAAGGUUUUGGUCCUCAAUAAGCAGAUCUAUGAGGAGGCCAUCGGUCUACUGCGGCAGAUGAGUCCGAUAUUAGAUAUAACCUGGACGUACCGGGCCACUGGCAAAUUUCCACCCUUGAAAGUGGGAGGAGAACAACAGUUACCAUACCAUCGACGCCGAAUGUCACUCUCAGACGAAUACUCACGCCUAUCUGUCGAGAUCGUCAAGCUGGCAAGACUUACACUGCGAGUCUUCAACUUCCACACGCAUUCGGCGCUCCUCGGACAACUUAGCUUGCUCAUCCCCUGCAGCCUGGAGUUACGUGAAAUCACUGUCGACUAUGUGCCACGAGUUAGCGAUGAGACAGAUAUCAUGCUGCACGCAGAGAAAUUCCGGGAUCAUGCUCGGUGGCAUGACUUCUUGACAACAGCAGAACGUCAUGGCAUCGCGAUCGUCGCACGAUUGGGGAAUGGUGCUAACGCACCGUCUGAAUAUUUCCCUUACAGCCGUCCAUUGAGCUACCUCGGCCAACUCUUUGGCCAACAAGUCAUCGAAACCUUCAAUAAUCUCGAAUCGGUUCCCAAAGCCAAGACGGCUAUGAGAACGAGCAUUGUUCCAUCCACCACAUACCGCCUGACGCCAGAGUGCCGAUCAUGUGGCAUGGUUUUCGUAAUUCCACGAGACCUCGACCACCAUCUCAGUGUGAACGCGCAUCAUCGUGUGAAGUUCAUGACAGACAUAUCCAAGCACAGUCGAUGGACUAAGCAAGAGCUCUGGUCUCGGGACCAGACCCUCGAGAUGUGCUUGCAGCUCUGA